AUGAAAUUUUCCUGCGCGAUUUUCUUCUUUGUACUAAUAAUUGCCGCGCAGUUUCAACACAUACGCACCGCUGUUAGCGAUGAGCUCGUCCAAUUUAAGCAAACGCUGGAUGAAGCCUCUGAUGCUUUGCAAGAUGUCGAAGAAUCGCCAGCGCUGAGUGGCAACGCUGAAUUGCAGCAACAGCGACGCAAGUCUAUCGAUGAUCUGCUCCAUAAUUCCCAACUCGACCUAAAUUUGAAUUUAGAGCGCGAGGCGCUCGAUUCGGAGAACGAUUUUAUGCACCCGUUGCAGGGACGCGACACCAAAAGCAACGAAAACAAAAACAACAACGACGACAUGGCUAAGAAUACCAAAGUCAAUGACCAAUUGAAGGAGUUGGUGCGCGCAAAUUCCCGCUUUCAGAAUCUGCAUAGGCAACUGCUGAAUAGCUUUCACAGCAGCAAUUCGAACGUAAAGACGGACGAUAUGCCGCAAAGAACCAAAGCGAGCAAGGGUUCGAAGAGUUCAAGUAGCUCAAGCACAAAUUCUGACUCAGACAAAGCAUUGACUAAAGACGAUAGGCAAAAAAAUAUCAGCAAAGAGGAGGAUUCAAAUAAUUACAGCACCUUGACUAAAGGCAGUUACAAUAAAAAUGCCAAUUUGAACAAGGAUAGCAGCUUCAUUUCCAACUUUGACUGGAAAUCGAACUUGGGCACUAAAGACAACUUCAACAUCGAUAUGGAUUUUGGUAAAGAUGGUUCUAUUGGUGCGCCGUAUUCGCAAACAUUUUCCAAGUUCGACUCGUCGGACAGCGCUAAUGCGAAUUCGAAUCUUAAUAGCGCACUUAAGGAUACCGGCCAUGGCUCCAGCGUAGUCACCAAAGCUUAUUUUAACUGUAAGCCAUUGGCGAGCAAUGCAGAGCGUACUAAAUCUGGCGACACUUAUAUGGAAUUCACCUCAGAUCUUCGCGAACCCCAGCCAAAUAAGGACAGUAAUGCGAAAAGCAAAUUGAAUACCAUCUUGCUACUCGAGGCAAACACCUACCGAAAUUCCUUGAAUGCCAAGAAGGAAACGGAUAACUUGGAGGAGUUGAAUGAAAAGAAAGUCGAUCCAGAGAUACAUAGAAUGAUGCAAAAGGUGGACUUUCCACACUUCAAGCUGGACUUUGACUCCUCAAUGGAAGACUUUGCAAAAAAGUCCAAAUCUGAUUCCACAGACGAUGAUGAACCGAUCAGCUAUGAGAAAACUAUCGAGAACAUACACUUUCCGAGCAUUGUAAACGAUCAAUUUGAUUUGGGGCGCAAUGAUUUGUCGCACGAGGCUGACUAUAAGCUUUCGAAGAUAGAACAAGAGCAAUCUGAACCGCGAAAGAGUCACACGAGCAGCGGUGAGAGAAGCGGUGUCAUGCCAGCCUUAGACAAUAAAGUGAAAGUGCCUUGGAAGCGUAGCUCAGGCUUCAACCCAAUGAAUGAAAUUAAAUUAAAGACCAGCACAAGGCUGAUGGCAAAAGGCUUGGGUCCCUCUCUACCCAGCUACGCGCUUUCUGAGACACAGCAAGAGCUUCAACUGGAUGAUGCUGUAAAGAGAUUGGAAAAGAACUUUGAUGUGGACAGUGAAAAUGAGCAUAACGAGAACAGUCGGCACGGAUCUUUAGUGUCCCAGGACAUACUCGAUUGGCAGGAGCGAUUGAGGCGGCUCGAAGAUGUGGAAGAGCGCGCAUACGAAAAACUUAUUUACGAUAACUUACCGGAGCUUUCAAAGGAAGAGAAAGACGAAAAAAGUAAAACGGAUGAUGUGAUAUUUUCACCAGCCUACACCAUUCUACGCAAAAGAAGAAUAGGGGAGGAACCAUACGAAGACGACAGCAGCGACCUUUUGGAUCCAAUGCACAACAAACGGGUGAUUGGAAACUCCUGCGAAGACNAUCUGAUUCCACAGACGAUGAUGAACCGAUCAGCUAUGAGAAAACUAUCGAGAACAUACACUUUCCGAGCAUUGUAA